AUGCAAUUUCAGAAGGAGCUCGGGAAAAACACGACCUCACAAGCGCCCCUGUUCUAUUCUAUUCUAAUGCAGAACUCUGCGGCCAGGACCUACACCCAGAGUUCUGUGAGGAUGGGUGUGGUCCUGGACCCGGCUCUCACCUGGCAGGUCAGGUACUCCAUCGAGGCUGGGGACAGCGAGGGCAUCUUCCAGGCUGAGGACCUGGUGCUGGGGGACUUCAGCUUCCUGAGGGUGCAGACCAACGGAGGCAGUGGGGGCACCUUAAACCGAGAGGUGCAGGACAAUUAUACACUGACGGUGCGGGCCACAGCGCAAGGCAGGCUGGAGGCCUUCACCACCGUCUACGUCAACAUCCUAGACAUGAAUGACCUUCGACCUCUGUUUGCCCCGACCUCCUACUCCUUCGUGGUCCCUGAGGGCUCCCUGCUAGGCGCCAGUGUGGGCAGAGUAACGGCCACGGACGCAGACGUAGGAUCCAACGGGCAGUUUUACUACUUCUUCAGGGAGCGUGUGGAGCUGUUCUCAGUGCACCCCACCAGCGGGGUCGUGACCCUGACGGGCCAACCAAUCCCGGGGCAGCGGGUGGAGCUGGAGGUACGGGCGGUGGACCGUGGGAUGAAGCUCUACGGGACCAACGGGGUCAGCAGCACCGCUAAGGUGGUCCUGACGGUGGAACGGGUGAAUGAGUUUGCUCCGGUGCUGUCUGCGGUGGCCCUGAUGCCGUCGUGGUUGGACCAAGACCCGGUGUUCGCUGUGGUCACAGUGGAGGACCAGGAUCAGGGGGUGUGCGGGGACAUUGAGUGGGUCUCCAUCGUCGAGGGGGACCCACAGGAACAGUUUAAGGUGGACCGUUCGCCGGUCGGGAACGAGUACAAGGUGAAGACGUCAGAGCCUGUGGACUGGAAUACGUUUCCAUACGGUUGUAACCUGACCCUCCAGGCUAAAGACAGAGGAAACCCUCCUCUGUUCUCCAACACUCAGGUGGUCCAGGUGCUAGUUAGAAAACGGCAGCCUGUCCAGAUGCGGUUUGAUAAACAGCUCUACCAGGUGAGACUGAGUGAGAUAGCGCCACCUGGCGCCGUCAUAGUGGAAGUGCGGAUCACUCCAGACCCUCCCAACGUCAACUACAGUUUCACACCCUUCUCUGCCUCACCGUACUUCCUCAUCAACCCUCUGACCGGGGUCAUCACUACGGCAACCCCUCUGACCAGCCUAUCACAGGACACCGUGGAGCUGGAGGUAGUGGAGGAGGCCAGUAAACUCAGAACCAGGGUCCAGGUCACCAUAGAGGACGCUAACGACAACACGCCCACGUUCACUAGGCCGGCGUACGACGUGUCAAUCGAAGAGACCGUGCCGGUCGGCACAGUGAUCUUGGUGGUGUCGGCGGUGGACGAUGACAAAGGGGAGAACGGGUGCAUCACCCACAGCAUCACCCACAGCAUCACCCACAGCAUCGCUGGACUUCAGGCGCUACCCUUCACCAUAGAUCAGGACUCAGGAGAGCUGAGGACGACUAGAGAGCUGGACUACGAGACGUCAGCUGAUCUCUACAUGUUCUCCGUCCGGGCCUCAGACUGGGGUUCUCCCUACCGCCGCGAGAACGAGGUCAACGUGACAGUGCGCCUCAUCAACCUAAAUGACAACAGACCGCUGUUUGAGAGGGUUGGCUGCCGAGGGAUGAUUGGACGGGACUUCCCCGUGGGCCAGAACAUUGUCACCAUGUCAGCUGUGGACAUGGACGACCUGGGGCUGGUUAAGUACAGGAUCCUGUCAGGUAAUGAGCAGGACUACUUCAACCUGAACCCAGAUUCUGGUGCCCUGGCCUUGAGGAGGUCCCUGGCCUCCGCUAAACUCAAGACUGGAGUCUUCAACCUCAAGGUGGAGGCGACGGACGGAGAGCUGUUCUCGGAGCCGACCUACGUCAACGUGUCAGUGGUCCAGGGAAGGAUGCCGUCUCGUAGUGUCACCUGCAGAGAGACAAGAGUGUCCCAGAGCCUGGCAGAGCUGGGCCUACAGAAGGCUACGGCACUGCGGAGACCCAGGGUGGAUGAGGGGUACACAGACCUGUUCUCAGCCAACAGACAGACACCUCAGUUUAAGUCGCUCCCCUCUAGUAUUGUGGUCAGGGAGGAUCUGGCGGCAGGGGCGAGUGUCAUUCAGGUGAGGGCAACAGACGAUGACACGGCCUUCAACGGUCGCAUCCUGUACAGCAUCUCCAACGGCAACAGAGACAGCUGCUUUGACAUCGCCAUGGAGAUGGGUCUGAUCACAGUGUUCCGGCCGCUGGACCGCGAGCGGUCUGACCGCUACGUCCUGAACGUGACCAUCUACGACCAGGGUCUGCCUCAGCGGUCCAACUGGAGGCUACUGACCGUCAACGUAGAGGACACCAAUGAUAACAACCCUAUGUUCGCCCAGGACAGCUACAGCGUGGUGGUCCCUGAGAACACAGCGUUGGGUACUGAGGUGGUGCAGGUAGUUGCUGUAGACAGAGACCUCGGCUCCAACGGAGAGGUCUCCUACUCGCUGCUCACCGCCGUGCCGCAGUUCAGCAUCAACAGCAACACAGGGGCAGUGGUCGUAGCGGGACAGCUCGACCGGGAGACCAUCCCAGCGUUUAGCCUGAAGGUGGAGGCCAGGGACAAGGCGGAGAGAGGGACCCAGCGGUUCAAGGUGACUACUCUGAGCAUAACACUAGAGGACGUUAACGAUUGCCCCCCGCUGUUCAUCCCUGGGAGCUACAGUGCCCGUGUCCUGGAGGACCUGCCACUAGGGGCAGUCAUCGCCUGGCUGCAGACCCAGGAUUCAGACCUCGGACUGGGGGGAGAGGUCUCCUACGCUCUGGCCAAUGACGGAAACGGCACCUUCGAGGUGGAUGCAGUGAGCGGUGCAGUGAGGGUGGGGAAGCAGCUGGACUACGAGAGACAGCAAAUCUAUAACCUGACUGUGGUGGCUGAGGACAGAGGGACACCUAUCCUACGCUCUCUAUCUUACCUGGACAUAGAGGUGGUUGAUGUGGAUGAGAACCUGUUCUCUCCAUACUUCUCUGAGUUUGCAGUGCUGGGCAGAAGGAGAACAGCAGAGUGGGGAACCAGUGUCCUGGUGGUCAGGGCUAGAGACGAGGGGGAGACGGGCAUCAGGUACUCUGUCAGAGGAGGCAGUGGGAUCGGCAGUUUCUCCAUCGAUGAGGAAACAGGUUUGAUCUACACUACAGGUAUUCUGGACUGUGAAACCAAGGCUUCCUACUGGUUGACGGUCCACGCCACCACCCGCGGGGUCACGCCCCUCUCCGCCUCCAUUGAGGUCUUCAUCCAGGUGGAGGACGUGAACGAUAACUCCCCCUUGACCUCCGACCCGAUCUAUCACCCCGUUGUCAUGGAGAACUCUCCCAAGGACCUGUCCGUCAUCCGUAUCCAGGCGCAGGACCCCGACCUCACCGCCACGCCCGGUCAACUUAGUUACCGCAUCACUGCCGGAAACCCACAGAACUUCUUCUCCAUCAACUCCAAAACAG